CCAAUGAUUGCCCGUAAUUUGUGGAAGUUUUUGCUGCCGCUCGCGUGCGCAGUAAUUUCCGUUUCUUGUGCGUGGCGUCCGUGCGCGGAUCUGGACGCGCUGUUAAAGAUACCGUGUCGGUGUAAUAUCGAAACCGCGGGAAACAACAGCCAGUACGUGUUUGUUAACGUGAACUGCGAUCGCACCACGCUAACUGCCCCGUUCCCGGCUGGCAUUCCGAUCAUCUCGUUUUCCCAGCGAAAUAAUGGCCACCAAGUGUUGCCGGAUUUGGCGUACCUCAACGCACCCGUUCGGAAGCUCGAUUUCUCCAGCAACGUGCUCAGAUCGUUCGGCAGAAAAGCCCUCUUUGCCAGUGUGGCCGAACAUCUCACCGAACUGCGGCUCGCCAAUAACCUACUGGGUGACAACCUUAAUCCCAUAUUCUCCACCGACGUGCUUCAGCAACUGGAGGCAUUGAAAAUCCUGGACCUCUCGGGCAACCACAUCAUUGCGCUCGAAGAAAGCAUCUUCGAUGGUAACGACCGGCUGACGGAGCUGUACCUUGAUCGUAACAAAAUUACCACAGUUCCGGUGGCGGCCGUCAAGCAGCUGCCCACUCUGAAGCUCAUCUCGCUGCGCAGUAAUCGUAUCGAUUCACUCGAACCGGAUGCCUUCAGUUUCGUCAACAAACUCGAGCGCAUCGAUCUGCGCAACAAUCGCAUUCGCAGCCUGAAAUCAAACGCGUUCGCCAACCUGGCCAGCAUGAAGGAGAUACUGGUGGCCGGCAAUCAGAUAAGUCACGUCGACGAACGAGCACUGACCGGCAUGGAUCUUCUGCAGAAGCUCGACCUCUCGGACAAUCUGUUAACCGAGUUUCCCUCGGAAGCGCUCGGUUCGGUCGUUUCCCUCAAGGUGCUCAACAUUUCGCUAAACAACAUUGCGAGACUCGAGUCAAACCAGUUGGCCCAGCUGAGAAAUUUACAGAUCUUGGACAUGAGUCGUAACACGAUCGCUACCAUUCUGCCCGGCACCUUCCGGGAGCAGCUGUUGCUAAAGUACCUUGAUUUGAGCCUAAACUCGUUGCGAACGAUCGAGGACGAUGCGUUCGAGGGACUGGAGAAUCUACAAACGCUUAUUCUGCGCGACAACAACAUUCUCUUCAUCCCGGGCAGCGCCCUAGGCCGUUUGCCGAAGCUCUCGAACUUGUACCUCGACUUUAACCGUGUGGCAGCCCUUUCGGCCAGCAUUCUGAAAUCGAUUCAACCGGAAAACAUUCGCUACCUGUCGCUGUCGCGUAAUGUCAUCCGCGAGCUGCCGGGCGACAGUUUCGCGGCCUUCCGGAAACUAAUCUAUCUCGACCUGUCCGGCAACAGCUUGGGUGUGAUCAGCGAGGACACGUUGAAGGGCCUCGAAGGUACGCUGCUCGAGAUUAAACUGUCGUUCAACCGGAUCGCUUCGCUGCGUAAGAUAGUACUACCGAAGCUGCGUCGCCUCGAUCUGAGUGCCAAUAGCAUCGACGAUCUGGCGAUCGAUUCGUUCCACAGUUUGGCCAAUCUCUUGUACCUCAAUGUGAGCGGCAACGAGCAUAUUGGCCAGAUUACGCGCACCAUGAUUUAUCCGCUAGCCAAGCUGCAAGUGAUAGACAUAAGUCACUGCGGCCUAAAGACGGUGCAGGCCGACUUGUUUCACAACAAUUCUGACCUACGAAUCGCAUUGCUUAACGAUAACCAGCUGAAGGUGAUCGAAGAAGGGACAUUCUUGAAUUUGAACAAUCUUUUCGAGCUCUCGCUUGCCGGUAACGGAAUCGAACAGCUGAUGCCACGCUCGUUCGUCAACACGGUAAACCUGCGGACGCUCAAUUUGCGCAAGAAUGCUCUGCAAGAACUGCGGGCCGAUAUGUUCACCACCGAGACUGCCCUGGAGCUGCUGGACGCUUCCCAGAACGCGCUCAAGAGUUUCUCUGCGAACACGCUGAAGAUACACCCGCGGUUGCGGCGCGUGUUAUUGGCAAACAACCGUCUGGAAGUAUUUCCGCCAGACUUGAUCGCAGGUCUCGACUAUCUCGAAGUGAUUGAUCUGUCCGGCAACCAUUUGGCGACAAUCCAGCAGCUUGACUUUGGGCGGUUGGUCAAUCUGCGGGAGCUGUAUUUGAGCGGGAACGUGAUCGAUUCUGUGCAGGAUAUGGCAUUCCACAACUCGUCCCAGCUGCAGGUUGUCGAUCUGAGUGGCAACAAGCUCGAACGCCUGUCCGAACGUUCGUUCGAGGGCACGCUCCGGUUGGAGCGGCUCGACUUGAGCGACAAUAAGCUAACUUCACUGCCCGAUCAGGUGCUGGCCCGCAGCAGGGUUCAGCGUUUGGAGCAGAUUGCCCUUGCCGGUAACAAGUUGACCAGCGUGCCGGUGUCCGCCAUUGGCGACCAGCACGAUUCGUUGCAAACGCUCGAUUUGAGCCGCAACGCGAUCCGCGAGGUUCCACGAGCCAGCCACAUGCUCAUGAUCAACGCCAAGGAAGUAGAUUACUCCUACAAUCCACUCUCGCCGGAAGCGAUCGCCACUGUCCUGGGGCAACCGAAAACGGUACGCAACCUCAAUUUGGCCGGCACUGGCGUUCGUGAGCUGCCGAUCCUGGAAACACCCUACCUGCGUACUCUCAACCUUUCGCACAACAACAUCUCGGCCGUUAGUGGGAAAGCGUUCGAGAAGGUGACGCUCCUGGAACGCCUAGAUCUGUCGUACAAUGCGAUCGGCGAUGCGGACGGGCUACGUGAAAUUUGGCCAAAGGUUGGGUUGCUUGCACAGCUCGAUCUUUCGAACAAUCCGAUACGCGCAAUUACUGCGGCUACGUUCGAACGACUCGACGGACUGACGGAGCUGUACAUUCAGAGGUUGCCGGAGCUGACUCGCCUGGAAAAGAAUGCGUUCAAGUCGCUGAAAGAUCUCGCUGUGCUCGAAGCAUACCAAUACGCCAAGCUUGGCUACCUCGAUGUUCAAGGCAUCGUGCAGGAGCUGCCAUCGCUCGCGGCAAUCGAUAUUGAGACGAAGGACGCAAACCUGGAGUCGGACCAACUGCAAGUGAUUCACCAUCCGAAACUGCACACUCUCGGUCUGCACGGUUAUGCUCUGCAGAGCAUCUCUUCCGGUGCGUUUGCUGGCCUCCGUAACAAGCAUCUCACCGUUAGACUGCACAACACGUCGCUUACGGCCCUUCCGCCAGCGCUACUUUUGCCGCUUCCCCGCUCGUCACAGAUCGAUUUCAGUAUCGCUGGUUCGAAGGUCGGCACACUGACGCAGCCGUUCCUCAGCUCACUGGACGAUCGCAAGAACAGUAUCAAGAUCGACGGACUAGCAACCAAUCCGAUCCGUUGCGACUGUCAGGCCCGUGCCUUCCGCCGGUGGAUCCUCGCGACAAAGGUGACCGAUGUGCGGUGUGCCAGUCCCGAGCCUCUGCGCGGUAAAUUGCUCACCGAAGUGGGAGACAUCGAGCUGGUAUGUGACAAUCGUAGUAAAUCGGGAGCCGCUAGCACCACCACCACGCUGUCGGCUGCACCGUCGACAACGACCGGCAGCAGGACAACACCGACGAUCAGCUUCUACAACUACACCUCAGAAGUGCAGAUGACCAGGUCGACGACAGAGCACGACAUCAUCUGGAACAUGGCACCGUCGAGCGGCUCGUCCAGCACAACCACCUCUCGAUCGAAGAAUUCCAAGUCGAAGAUUGCAUCGGCGUCGUUGCCACCGCUCAAGAAAAUGCCGGGCGCCAACGAUGACACACUCAUUAUCGGCAUCGUCGGAGGGGUAGUGAUUUUCAUUUUUCUGCUCAUCAUUUGCAUCUGCAUCUGUCGGUUGAAGAUGAACAACGACAGCUACCAUCACCACCAGCAGCAGCACCAUCGCGGGGGUCCCCCGAUGGCGCUGGGCCUUGGCCCGGGUGGGCACCCCGCCGGAACGCUGCAAGUGAACUAUAAGGGCGCAAAGGGUCAGGCGGCAACGGCGGCUCUCUACCCAACGCUAGCCCCACCCUACGCCCAGAGCUACGCCACGCUACCCUACAAACCGAAUGGUUCACCUACGCAGGCUCGGCCAAGCUACUCGACUAUUGGCCGAAUACCGUACCAGUACCAGAACCAUUCGCUCAUGUCCCACCACCAAUCGUCCGGACCCGGUACACUCACGCACUCGUCCCACAAUCCCUACAUAGUCUACCAGGACGAUAAGGCCUAUCGAUGAUGGUUGAUGGCCAAAUCAACCAGUAACAGUGACAUCACUACCACCAGAGGUCUACCCCCGAAUCCUCACCGGCCAUCAGUCUGCCGGCGAUCCAGUUACGAUGGGUGUUGAAUGAGUUGGGCAUGAUCGCGAUCGUGUUUACUCAUCGAUGUUGUGUUUUUUCACCAGUGUAUGCUGCCGUUGUUGAUGUAUGUUUGAGCAAGAAACAAUCGAAUCGAUCACUAAACGAGUGUGUGCUUGUCUGUGUGUAUGUGCGUGUGUGUGUUUGCGCGUGAUUUUAAUAAUUGCUCUCAUAACUCAUGUUCAUGUUUUGCCCGCCAAUGUCUUACGAGAAUGUUUGAGCACCGUAGAAUGGUAAUUUAACUAAAGAAAAAACGGUCCUUUCGAUUCCAUUUCUUUCCAAACCUAUUUCUAGAUUCGUCAGAACUGAUUGCAGUCUUGCCUCUUUCCCCAUUUGGUUGGGGGUGAUGAAAAUUAUGUUUUGCAAGUAAUUAGUAUUAACAUUAAAAUGCAUCGUAUACAUUUUUCGACAAUUUCACCAAUUUCCGGUUGCCCAUUUGCAUCCCCAAAACGCGCAUUCUUCCGCGUUCUACCUGUAACAAAAUGCUCAAAGUAGUUUAAAAAUUGCGAAACAUAACGUACAUAAUAAUGUAUUAAUU